AGAAGACGGAUUGAACAGCAACAACAAAUAUGGAGGUUCCUCCGUUCAGCUUCACACUGGAGCGCUACUGGACGGAGGAGAAAGAGAGGGCGCUCAUAGCGUUUUUCUCCAAGCACAGUUGUCUGUGGAACCGCAGGUCGGAGAACUACAAGAACCGACAGCUGCGAUGGAAAACGCUGGAGCACCUGAGGAUCCUUCUGUCAGCUCACCCUCCACCUGUUCCUUUCACCGUGGAAGACAUCAAGAACAAGUUCAAGAACCUCCGUACCACAUUUCAGCGUCAGUAUAAAAUGGUAAAGGCGAACAAGGUGUGCAGGUCGGACGACGUCUUCGUGCCGCAGUGGAAGCACUACCAGCAGCUGAUGUUCCUGCAGGACCAGGAGGAGAGCCCCGACGACCGGCCGCUCUCACCGCUGACCAUUUCACAGGAGGAGAACCAGCCAGUCGUCUCCUCCACCGGCCUUAUUAUCUCCUUCCUCCCCACCACGUCCACCUCCUCUCCCUCCUCCUCCUUGUCAUCCUGCAUCCCCCCAAACCUGAUGGUUAAAUGUUGCUGGACUGAAGAAAGGGAGCGUGCAGUCAUAGCUUUCUAUGCUGAGCAUAGCUGUCUCUGGAACAAGAAGUCUGAAAACCACACCAACCGUCAGCUCAGACUGAGGCUGCUGGAGGUUCUGAGGAGCCAGCUGUCUGACCACUCUGUGUCCUUCUCAGUUGAAGACGUGAAGUGCAAGUUCAAGAACCUACGGACAGUUUUUAACCGUGAAUACAAGGCGGUGCAGGCUAGCAGGGCGUCUGCCAAACCCUACGUGUCCAAAUGGAAACACUACCAGCAGCUGCUCUUCCUCUACGAGACCUGCGACGAGGACGACAGCCCAGACGACCUGCACGUACUGAUGCCACAGGAGGACAAGGAUGGGGAACGUGGGAGCCAAACACCGUCUUCCACUCUGAGCAGCUCCUCCUCUAGCUCCGCCCAAAUCAACAACUUCAAAGUCAACAACCCCUCUGCUCCCUCCAGCGAUGCCAAAACCAACACUAGCGCUGCAUACCAAAUCUCCCUCUCUGCGUCUCCAGAUAAUCUCAAAGUAGCCAGCCAAACAACUGCUUCCACAUUCCCCACCUCUCCAUCCACUUCACUACUGGACGCCAAAGCUUGUACCAAUCCCUCUCCUGUCAAUUUCCCUGCUUCAGUUCAGCCUGACAGCAGACUGAACACAGACUCCCGCUGCCUCUGGAACGAGGACAAAGUUCAGCUGCUCAUAUCAUUUUACUCUGCGCACAGCUGUCUGUGGAACCACAAAUCUGAGGGCUACAGGAACAGGCUGUUGAGACAGAGCCUGUUGGAGACUCUGUGCGGCGUCCUGUCUGACAAAGAGCCAGUCCCAUUCACAGUGGAAGAUAUUAAGACAAAAUUCAGGAACCUGCGAACCAUCUUCCAGCGUGAACACAAGGCAGUGAGCUCAAACAAAACAUGUGGUUCCGAGGACUUUUACCUUCCAAAGUGGAAACACUACCGCGAGCUGAUGUUCCUCUGCGACUCCUGCGAUGAGGACGAGCGACCCGAAGACGUCCACUUCCCCGAACCGCCGGAGCCCGUUUACCUCCACCUGGACAGCCAAGCCCUGAGCAGCCAUUACCACGAUACCAACCAAGCCGCCACCAAACUGACCAUCCCAUCACAGGGCCUCGAAGCCCCUCCCUCUCCUACUCCCCCAGACUCCCAGCGCUCCUCCCCUUCCUCCUCCCCCUCCAUGUCCUCUUCUCACGCCGACAGCCGCGUGUCUGGACGCAAGCGAGCGAGCCGCCACCUCCCGCCCUCCUCCGCCGACAUGCUGGACCUCAUGAGGACGUUCUGUCAAAGCCAGUCGCUGUCACCGCACGCAGGCUUCCUAAAGUACGUGGAGGAGUGUCUGCACGAGACGCCGCCGGACAAAGUGAAGAAAUUAAAGAAGAAGAUAAUUGAGACAAUCCACAGUGUGUCAGAGGAGGUUUAGUGUUUCAUUUCAGUGUCAUUCUCACUGGGGUUUUGUCUUUUCCAUCUACUAAGUCUUAUUCCUAUUCUACUGGACCUUCUAGGCAACCUGUGUGAGGUUCUAACAGGGACAGCAUCUGUCUCCAAACACCUCUUCAAGCCACCCAAUGACAAUGCCCUCUACACGUAUUCUUUGGCUGAAUUGCUUCAAACGGAGAUGUGAGCCGUCCCUGAGCAAAGACACCAAAGCUACCAAACCUUUGUGUGAAACUGGUGAGAUGACGGCUGCCCAUGAUGUGACCUGUGAUGAACAACCACCUUAAAAUUACACUACAAUCGUUGCAGUAAUGUCAUUCACAGAAAUGACAUUCAGCCAUCUUUGCAUUUCUAGCAUCAAAAUAAUGGACAAACUAUAAAACUAAGCCAGGUUGAGGGUCUGUCCCAAUACUAACAGCUCUAAUGUGCCCAUUUAGGCCAUAGAUUGUCCAAAAUAUGGACACAGUCUCCAUGGUGUCACCAAUAAGCUGAAAUGAAGCUCAGAAUGGGUGGCUCCCAUUGCUCCACCUGUGCUGGCUCCUCCUAACUCCUGACUAAUACAAAAAAAGGGUCAAAGAGGUUUAGCAAGGGUGAGCUGAGGCGGGCUGAAUGCGACAGGCUGUCAAUCAAAACCUCCAACCCCUUGAACAUACAUAACUUUAAGUAGUGAUGUGCCAAUGAAGCCUCAUGAACCAUUGUCAUUAUUUUAUGAGCCCACUAGAUGGUGCUAUUGGUUUAGAGUAAAAGGCUUAAGUAGUAGUAAUUGAUUGCUUUCAGCUCUUUGUAGAACAGAGAGCACCAUCUAGUGGACUCAGAAAACAAUGAAAAUGGUUCAUGAGGCUUUACUGGAACAUCACUAACUUUAAGGCUUUAUAUAAAUUAAACAGGUGAAUUAUAAAAAGGUCCAUCCCACUCACAGUUGCCCUGAAGAGGAAACUAGCUAUAGAGACCAAAACCGUUUUUCGUCCCAGUAUUUUUGAAUUUGUAUUCUUGCAAAUACUGCUUAAAUUUUCAGCUUAAUGCAUCCCACAAUUUUGCCAGUUUUGGGCCGGGGUGCCCCUAUAGUUCUAGGGCCGGCAGUAAUUCACACACAUGAAGAUGUUUUCCUUCAUGACACGAUGGAUUCAGCUUGAAUAUUAUUAUUUAUGUCCAAAGUCAUGGCAGAGCAUUUUCUUCAAGAUUGGACUAAUUAGAAUAAAAUUGCAUAUCUGACACUUAUGAUAAAUAUUUGAUAUUUAAUCAGAUUAUCAAAGGUUUUGAGAGAGAGGUUUGUCCUUAAAACAUUUAUCAUAUGCCAUUAAAAUAGGGUUAUGUCUCUUUUAUGUCUUAGUGGACCUAUGUGCCUUAAAGUUAUAAUCUCAAAGAGUUUUAUUUAAAUAAAUGCCUAUUAAUGCUUGUCUAUUCCUCGAAUGAGGUAAUACAGCAGUGAUUAAGCCUGUGGCUCACUGUUGAAACACAAUCUACUUGUGUGUACACACACUGUAUAUUUACAGUUACUAGGGUCAAACAAAUAAAAGAUCAAUAGCUUCAGGUUGAAAAUUGCUGCUUAUGCCUUUCAAAAAAUGCUAAUAUUUGAAGAUUUUAACUUUAAUGUCACUUUUUUGUGCUUGAUCCUACUUAUUUGUUCAAAGAAAUGAUCUAAACUGGAAUGUGCCAUGUACUGUAUUUGUAUUUGGGGAGUAUAUAGCCUAACUUUGCAGCGUUAUUUUGACAACUUCCCAACACAAUAUCCUGACAUGGUGCCUAUAGAUUCCUUAGAUCAUCUAGUUUCAUAUGGUGCCAGUAUCUCCAGUAUAUUCCUAAAAGUGAGCCCGCUACGGCCUCCGGAAGAAACAAAAAUGGCUAAAUAUCGAUACUUGGCGGCCAUGAAUCGAUAUAAUAUCGCCACGCAAAAUAUCGCAAUACUAUGCUGUAUUGAUUCCCCCCCCCACCUCUGUCAUUAAGAUGUAUCAGUUGUCUUCAGCCUUCUUCUUUCCUGCCUUUGCUGGCCCAUUGCACGACAUCAUGAUGUGUGACCAGUAUCUGUAGAUCAGAAGAAAAGUGUAAAACCAUUGGCAGGAAUCGGUAUUGUCUCAUCCAAGUGAAACAGGAACCCAGUCAUGGAAAAACUGCUCCACA